CCUUUAAACAAUGGCUAGUAAUUAUGAAACUUUAGACGAUGAAAUCAAAGAACUUCUUGAAAACUAUAAACACAAAAGGUCCAGUGUGUACGAACCUUGUAAAAUAGGGAAUAUUAAGGAAUGUCUAAUCGGAUUAAGAGAGGAACUAGGUGUUUUUAACAUAAGCUAUUUAUUUAAUCCAUACAAUGAUAUCGAAGAUGAAAUUUUGCUACCAGGAUCUCUAGUGACGCUCAUUAAUUCUGUAUGGACAUUGCUACAUUAUCAUAAGAAUGCAGUACAAAAGGUAGAAAAGUUAAUGGAGCAAAACCAUAUCCUUGAACAGAACAAUAAGCAAUUGAACUCCUUUGUAGAUAAACUGAAAGAAAAAGUAAGCUCCGAAAAGAGUGAGACUAGAGCGUGUGUUGUGUCUGCUCAAAGAAUAGCAGACCAUUCAGAUGUAAUGUUACAAACAUUAACAGAAACCAAAGCAAAACUACUUCAGGUGACCAAGCAGAAAAAAGCGAACGAAAGAAAUUAUCACAAUGAAAUAACUAGACUUAAGAUUCAAAAUGAAAAAAUGUUGGACAGGUUGAGAAACAGAGAACCUCCAUGCACUGAAACCUGCGACAGUACUUUAAUACGCUUGAAGGAAAAAGAUAAACAACAUCGCACAAUGAUAUCUAAAUUAGAGAAGAACAAUCAAGAUUUAUUACACGAACUUUUGAAUCUAAAGGAAGCUCUCCUUUUGGAAGGACUCAAUGAUAUGAAUAUAAAUAAUGAUGAACAUAAAUAAAAUCAUUACACUGUUUAAUUAUUACAAUUAAAAAUCAACUAUAAAAUCAAUUGACCUAAUUCUCGAAUUAAAACAAAAUCGAAGAAAGUACUAAAACCAUUAACGGUUUAUAAUAUUAAUAAUAUAAAUUUCGUCUAUGCAGACAAAGUCGGAUAUCCGUGAAAAACGUGUAUUUUUUUGACUCAGUUACUUAAACGAGCUCUGUGUGCUUAGUGCGAGUGCUUUAACGUUCUCGAUAGCGUAAAAGUUAACUCAAAUUUGUAUGGAUUUAGAAUGUCUGCAACGUUUGCCGCUAGAGGCGCUGCUCCAACUGCAUACAAAUUUGAGUUAACUUUUACGCUAUCGAGAACGUUAAAAUACUCGCACUAAGUACACUGGGCUCGUAUAGUGUUAUGGGGCUAUCAAAAGUUAUAGACAUCGCAACUUGAAUGCAACCACAAGUCCCAUUGCGGGCUCACGUUGCUGUCAUUAAGUUUCGUUUUCCAUUGCUGGACGGAUACAGAUGCCCUUUUCUGUCAACAAAAAACCCUUCGUAAUUAAUUCGAUGCGUUCCUAAAACGAGCACAUAUCUUUUGUAAUCCGAAUUUUUGUCGUUUUGGAAUAUUAUUGCUUUAUAUUCUAUUGUUUAACUGCGUAGAAUUGUAGCAAAAUAGGUAAUAUACGGACACAGGAGACAGUUUAUAGAUUUAAGACAAUGUAUGACAAUAAUUUAAAGACUUUCCGUAAAUAUCUAACAAUUGUUGUUUAUUAUGUAAGCACUUGCCUAACGAAGACUGUGAUAAAUAAGAAAUGAAUAGUGAUUAAACACGGACACGACAUGUACUUAAAUAUACGGCCUUUGUACUUAAAAAAGAAACAUUACUUUAAUAAUAUUAAUAUUUUCUAAGGUUUUCACGAGUCUAUAAUAAAAUAAUAUUAAAUAAUACAA